AUGAUGCUGUGGGGUCAUAUCUCUCUUCUAUCCGUUGCUGUAACUACGGCUUCUGCGUACUUACUGAUUGAGCGCCGCGAGGAUCUGCUCGAUCAAUAUGAUUAUGUCAUUAUCGGCGGCGGACUAUCGGGGCUGGUAGUUGCAAAUCGGCUGACGGAGGAUCUAGCUACGACAGUUCUUGUUAUUGAAGCUGGUGAACUAGACAAGCACGAAGACAGUAUCUAUGUUCCUGGAGAUGUUGGCGCUACUCUUGGUACCUCUUAUGACUGGCAGGUACCAACUGUCCCGCAGGAUGUUCUCGUAAACGGUAAUAUCACCAUACCACUCGGUAAGGUUGUUGGCGGGAGUAGUGCCUUGAACGGGAUGUUGUUCCACCGCGGGUCGCCGGCGGAUUACGAUCUGUGGGAGGCGUUGGGAAACGAGGGGUGGGGAUGGGAAGGAUUGCUGCCAUAUUUCAUCAAGAGCGAGACAUUCACACCGCCGUCUGAUGAGAUUGUGAGUGAAUUUGGGAUUACCUAUGAUGAGUCGGUACAUGGGUUUAAUGGCUCAGUGCAUGCGAGUUAUCCGCCAUUCAUAUACAACCAAACAAAAAAUUUUAUAAAGGCCAUGAACCAGCUUGGAGUCCAGACCUCCAACGACCAAGCUUCCAGUGCAGUCGGUGUAUUCUAUCUCCCGAACUCUCUGAAUCCAAUAACGAUGACACGAUCAUUCACUCGACCUGACGACCACGACGUGGCAGUAGAGCGUGCGAAUUAUCAUUUACUGGCUGGAAAUCAGGUAACAAAGAUUUUAACAGAGGAUGCAGUAGCCUAUGGUGUUGAGUAUUCCGCUGGUAGUAAUCAGCCACGGUACAUUGUGAAUGCCACGGUCGAAGUAGUCGUUGCUGCCGGCGCUGUCCAUACUCCACAGCUGCUUCAGCUUUCGGGAAUUGGCCCAAGAACACUACUCGAAGAACUAGGCGUUGAGGUGGUAUCAGACCUCCCGGGGGUGGGGAGUAAUUUUCAAGAUCAUCCGUCCCUUGUUGUGCCAUAUAGCUUCACAGGUCUCGCCUUCAGCCCUCAGAACCUCACUUCAAACGCCACUCUAGCGGCCUACUAUCGUGAGCUCUACAAUUUGAGCAAGACGGGCCCGUACACUGUCUCUGCCGGGAAUGCACUCGCAUUUAUCUCCACAAACUCCUUCACCAACAAAACAUCGGAGCUUGUGGCCGAGGGCCGCAACCAGAACGAGACGUAUCUCAGCCCAGGCGCUGAUCCAGGCGUGACUGCAGGUUAUAAGAAGCAACGCGACUUGUUGCUUGACAUAUGGGGUUCUAGUGACGCCGCAACAAUCGAAUACAGCGUUGGUUCUGCUGGUCCCCUUGUUAUUUCGCUCUCGCAUGCUCUAUCCCGCGGUGAUAUCCGUGCAUCAUCUCUGGAUCCAUUCUCGCCGCCCAGUGUCGACUGGCGGGCUUUUGAGAACCCCUUGGAUAUGGAGCUGAUGAUUGAUGCCUUCCGCGCUGGGAGGCGGUUGAUGCAGACGCCGGCUAUGACAGAGCUGGGGGCAAUCGAGACCACAACCGGAAACCUGACAACUGAUGAGCAGAUUGUGGACUAUUUGAAGAAGACCAUGUCACCAAGUUUCUCCCAUGUGUGCUGCACGAGCCCAAUGAUGCCAAAGGAGAUGGGGGGAGUUGUAGACGAGGAGUUAAGAGUAUUUGGUGUGUCAGGGUUGAGAGUUAUAGAUGCGGGAGUGGCGCCGGUCGUUCCGGCAGCACAUUUGCAAGCCACUAUCUAUGCGGUGGCGGAGAAGGCGGCGGAUUUGAUCAAGUCGAGUAGAUAA